AUGGCAUCUUCAGACCUUUCGCUGGCCGAAAAGCUUCGCUCCUAUUCCACAUGCGAUGUAUCAGACGCAUUGCUCAAAGUGGGCGUUCCUCAUGGCGGUUUUCUUCCCAACUUGAGCAUGUGGUCACCUCUACGACAAGAGGGUGAUAGACAGCUCAUUGGACCUGCAUACACUGUCAAGUUUGUCCGCAACACUCAGACCAACGCACCAAAGCUCAAGGAGCAUUAUAUUGAUACUAUCCCAAAAGAUCACGUUGUCUUUAUCUCAGCGCCCCAUGGUAUCUUCAACGCUGUAUAUGGUGGUCUGAUGAGCACCCGUGCCAAGUACUCUGGAGCCGUCGGCACGGUUGUCGACGGUACUUUUCGAGAUUUGCAGGAUCAUCGCAAAUUAGACUAUCCAGUCUUCGCUCGCAAUGUCGGUACGCCGAGCUUCUAUGAGGUUGCUCGCCCCAGUGAGGUUAAUGUGCCUGUGAAGUUACAGGAUCCUGCUCUUGAUGUGACUAUCAAUCCGGGCGAUAUCAUAUUUGGGGAUCUAAAUGGGGUUGUUUGCGUACCCAAGGAAGUGCUAUCCAAGAUUGUGGAGAUCUUGCCAGGGCAGGUUGAGGCUGAUGACAACAUGGCGGGGGAUAUCGCUCAGGGCAAGACGUUCACAGCUGCAAAGAAAGAGUAUCGUUGA